CAGUCAUCGCAAAAUCAUCCUGGCAGACUGGCGUGAAAAAGUGCACAUGGAGAUAUGAAGCUCUGAAUUCUUCUCAGCUGAUAAAUCAAAUUGUCUACAUCGGCGAUUAGGAUCAAAUAUAUUUAAAGAAAAAAGUAGAUUUUUUUUAGGAAUCAUGUUAAAGAAUUUGGCAUUGCUUGCCCUCAUCUGCAUGUUGCCAGCAUGUACACUGAUGGAAUCGACCCCUCCUGGUCCCCCAACUCCAGGAGUUAUACAACGCACUAAAGAGGCAUACCGGUCAGCCGUAGAGAAUGUGAAGAACGUUGGCGAGCUGGUGUGGGGCAUAGCUACAAUGUACUAUGAUGACCAUGUGAAGGAGCGAGUGGACCCUUACCUCACCUGGCCCUCGUUCAACUACACCUCCGUCUGGAGCAGAGUCAAGGCCAGAGUGCCAUGGACAGGCUAGCUAGGUCUCAUGCCCACAGGCCCAAAGUCAUCAGCUCUUCUGCUACACAUUUUUGUUGUAUCUGUUGUUAUCCAUCAUCUUGCAUAAAAAUUACUCUGUGGCCUUCACUUAAUAUUAAGCUUGUGAUUUGAUGUGGCGAAGUGGGACUGCAAUGGGAAUAAUAAAUAUGUUGAUUAAAAACAA